AUGGAACCCUUGCGGAAUCCUUGCCUGAAAUCCCUCGAACAUCGUGGGUUUGUACAGGGUGUCACGCUCACAGAUAGAACCACCAAUUCCCCCUGGUGUCAUUACUUCGGAGGUCUCCGCUACGCCUUACCUCCGACUGAACGAUGGCGGAAAGCCCAGAAAUUACCGCCAUCGUAUUCCUACGGUAGCAAAGACCACCCCGGGCAAUGUGCUGGAGCAACCGGCAUCUGCCCCCAGCCUAGCUUCCCGGGUCUUUCCCUUGGGGAUGGUUUGAGCGAGGAUUGCUUUCAAUGCAAUGUUUGGGUUCCCGCUGGUGAACCACCCAAGGAUGGUUGGCCAGUACUCGUGUUUAUUCACGGAGGCUUUCUGCAAUUCGGAACCCCUAAUACUUUCUCCGCCGGCGCCCUCCUAGGCGAGGCAGCAUUUAAUGCUGUCGUGGUUAUGCCAGCAUACCGUCUGGGCGUCUUUGGCUUCUUGUACUCCUCUGAGCUGGAGCACGAUGCUGCCACAGUCAGUGAACCAGUCGGAAACCAGGGCUUCUGGGACCAACGUCUAGCUCUCGAAUGGACGAGAGACAACAUAGCCCUCUUCGGAGGCAAUCCCUCCCAAAUCACCGUAUCAGGAUACUCAGCUGGCGCCUAUUCCGUCUUCUACCAACUAUCCUACGACAUCCACCUACCAGAAGACCAAUCAAUCAUCAAGCAAGCCUGCAUCUGGUCCAACAGCCCAGUAGCCCAGCCCAAGGCCCCACCCUCCGCCCAAAUCCAAUUCAACGAGCUCCUCUCCGCCCUUGACAUCCCCCACACGCUCUCCUGGGCCGACAAACUCGCCCAGCUCCGCUCCGUCCCGGGCUCCAAACUCCUCUCCACAGCAACAAGCCUCAAGAUCAACCAAUUUCGCCCCACAACUGACUCUCUCUUCAUCCAACCCACCAUCUUCCAAUCCCUCGACAAUGGCAACUUCGGCCGCCGUGUCGCAGCCCGUAACGUUCGCAUCAUGCUCGGCGAAUGCCGCGACGAAGGUGCCCUCUACGCUACCUGGUACCCACCCCAGAAUGACCGCUCGUCGCUCUACAAGCGUCUCCUAGCCGAUUACCCGGCUCCCCUCGUAGAUACUCUGAUGAAACUAUAUUGCCCAGACGGCAAAUUACCCUCGGGAUGUCGGGACUGGAACUGCGAUACGUUCGGCCGUAUUUAUGCUGAUAUGCAGGUGUAUAAGAUGCAACGAGGACUCGUGCAUUCUCUCGUGCUGGGUGGUGCUGCUCAUCUCCUGUAUCGUUAUCGCGUCGAGUACCGGCUUAAGUGUGCUGAUGAGACUAUUCCGCCGGAAUGGGGCGUCACGCAUGCUACGGAUCAGUAUAUCUGGUGGUGGGGGAAUGGGUCUGUUCUCCAGGCGGACGAGAAGUCAAUCAUUAAGAAUGCGUUUAUUGAUCCACUGACUAAGUUUGUUCAUGGCGAGUCAGAUAUUGGUUGGGGCACGAAGAGCCACCGGGAGAUGAGGAAGCUGAGAUCUGAUGGAUCGGUGGAGAUUUGGCAGGAUGGUCUCUGGGAUGAGGGAAUGCGAGUGUGGAAGGCCUUGAGGACAGUUGGUGAACAGGGUAAUGGUCCUACUGCUAAGCUUUGA